CCGAAGUCCCAGCGUCAUUGACGCAUCAUCCGUGCCACCGUGGGCCAUAUAAUCCCCUCGAUUCCCACCGUGAGCUUGGACAUAUACAGAAUCAACACAAUCAGUCUUGGAACCAAUAUCGAACAACUGUAUCAUCACUGACCGAGUAUCUACCAUGCAGUCCUCAAAAGCUAAAAACACCUCGCGCAUGUCGCAAACCGCCCAGAAGCAGGCCGGCGGUUCGAAGAAAGACGAUCCCACUGCCAAUUGGAGUCCAGAAGAAAUGUUUGAGACUACCAUGGACCGCGACGGCAACCCUGUGCCCGAUCCCAUCUCCUACGUUGACGGUGACAGGAUGGGCAAGGCGUCCAAAGGUGGCAGCAGCGAAGGCCAGGACGAAGGAGACAUGUUUGCCGCGGCUAAUGAUGACUUCGACUAAACUCCCAGAUUUGUAUCACGACUGUCAAAUGACGGUCAGUCAGAGGCACAGUCGAUUAGCGACUGCGUCUGUCUGGGUCAAUCUUAUGCUGUGCGAUUGGGACAUGUGUAAUUGAAAUGAAAUGAAUUGAAUUGAAUUGGAACUAUGUUAGUGACC